AUGGAAGAAAUGCACUUAAUGGUCAAUCAUUUACAAGAAUGUACUCAAUUUACUAUUGAUACAGAGUCAGAAAAAACAAAUGGUCAAUUAGCAUUAAUACAAAUACAGACUAAGCCUUCUCAACUACCAUUAUUAGUAAUACUAAUUGAAUUACAACAUCUUCCACCUAAUAAUCUAUCUACGUAUGGUAAUAUGGACAAGGAGCUUGAUCCAACAAAAGAUUCUCAUUUAUUUAAUUGGCCAACACUAACAUCAAUGAUCGACAUACAAUUAUAUUUCUCGGAUUGGUAUGAGUGGGCACUGAUUCAUUGUGAGUCAUGUCACCCGAAUUGUCAUCAACUUCAUCAUCCUCAUAGUGUUGAUUAUGAUAAUGUUAUUACACAAAAUUAUUCGUCAUCAGUGUAUAAGGCGUUAGCUUAUGCUGCACAUAUGUUGAUUGACAAAUUAAGUACAGUUAGUGAUUGGACUUCAGGUUUAACAUCAAAUAAUUCAAAAUUAUCAACUGGUCGAAGAAAAAAGAUGAUUAUUUAA